UUGUUCGCCCUUGGAAGAGAGGCAAAGGCGGUAUUUACACUUUCACAUUUUGGCAACAAACGACAGCUGUGGGCGACGUUGAUGAUAGAACCUUCGUCAUCGCCUUUGCAACAAAUUCAUAGAAAACUGCAGUGCAAUCUCAAAACAGGUGGUCGGCAGAAGCACAACAAAUCAAUAGACAAUAACGCAACGAUGACAACAAUUACAACAACGGAGGAGCUGACAACAAGUGAUCGAGAAAAUAAAAAUAAACUUUCGCUACGCUAUUUAGCUGCUUUUGAUUUUGACUAUACAGUGGUGGCCCAGAAUACUGAUACGAUUAUACGUGACUUAUUGCCUGCCAAAGAAAACACUAAAGAGUUGCACAGUAUCAUUGAAACAAAAGGAUGGACCGAUUAUAUGGCAGAAGUUUUCCGUUUAUUGCAUUCACAUGGAAUUAAAUCUUAUGAUAUUAUCGAGGGUAUUAAAAAGAUACCUGAAGUGCCGGGUUUUGUACGUCUGCUGAAACGUUUAAGACAAAAUCACAAUUUCGAUUUGAUUAUCAUUAGCGAUUCGAAUACGAUUUUUAUUAACGAAUGGCUAAAAUAUCACGGUUUGGAGGACAAGAUCAAUCGUGUAUUUACUAAUCCUGCCCAUUUCAAUGAAGCAGGGCAAUUAAUAAUUAAACCGUAUCAUCAUCAAACUGAAUGCCGCAUGAGUGCUGUUAAUUUGUGUAAAGGUAAGGUGUUGGAACAUUUUUUAAUCGAACAAAAUCUACGCGAGAACAUAAGCUACGACCGUGUGGUAUAUGUGGGAGAUGGGAAUAAUGAUAUCUGCCCUGUUAUACGUUUAAGACUUCAAGAUAUCGCUUGUGCUCGGCAGGGCUACUCAAUGGAAAAGAAUUUAGCUAAGAAUCGUACUAAAAUCAAAGUUAGAGCUGAACUUCUACUCUGGAAGACUGGAUUCGACCUCUUGGAUCAAUUAGAGAAGCGUCUGGCGAAAUAUGCUAAACUAGCAGAAACAUUACCGCCAACUGAUUAAUGGAAGUAUAAAAUGAAAUUAAAUAUUUAAAUUAAAGUUAUUGUCUCGAAAUGUGGAAGCUCCUCUCCUGUAAAGCUUUACAAAAAAAAAUUCACCGCAUGCGUCCUCAUUUUCCAAUUGUUCUGCACAUAUUGCUAUACAUUUGUUAAGCCCCUUUCAAUCCUAUGAAAUUUGUAAAUAUUUGCUUAUAAAAAUAGUUGUAAAUAUAUUUAAA